AUGCUAAUGCAGGAUACUCCUGGAAUCAUGAACAACAAUGGCUCCAAAAGCAAAGCAAAAAGUCGAACGACUGUAACGACGUAUCCCACAGCUUCACAGAGUACAUUCAACCUCGACCGUGACAACAGUAAUGUCAACAACGCAAUCGAGCUCGAAACAGCUGAAGAGUCUGAUGAGCCUAUUGAACAAGGAUGGAUAUCCACCUCGCGUGAAUGGUCGAUGGUGGUCUGCUUUGCUAUUAUGGCUAUGAUGGUUGCCAUGGACGCCUUGAUACUGAUCCCUAUUCUUCCAAAAAUUACCGGAAAGUACCAUUCCAACCCAUCAAGAGAUACAAUGUGGCCCAUGACAGUCUAUAUCCUCGCCAACGCAACAUUUCAACGUUUCCAUGUCGCAGUAAUGGAGAUAUUUGGUCGAAGAAACAUGCUCAUAGCAGGUUUGAUCGUUUUCACCAUGGGCUUGAUUCUCAUCUCAGCCUCACCUCCUCUGUUUCCAAUACUGCUCGUCGGUCGCGCUGUCCAAGGAGCGGGUGCUGCGGCUAUGGUAUCAAUCCCACCAGCGAUGUUGAUGGAUAUGAUCCCAGAGCGACGGAGAUCAAUGUACAAUUUUUCCAUAAUACUCAGCAGCGCAAUUGGUGCCAUCUUAGGUCUGACCCUCGGUGGUAUAUUUAUACGACAAGAUUCCUGGAAAUGGAUAUUCUAUAUUGCGGCUCCUUUCUGUUUCUUGCUGUUUGUGAUCACGCCUUUGGCCGUCCGGCCUGUUGGGGAGUCUUUGGAGCCGAAGAAGAGGUUGAUGAAGGUUGAUUGGACUGGCUCGUUCCUGUUUUCUGGUAGUAUGACUUCGCUGCUCCUUGGACUUACUUGGGCUACGAGCCUUAAUAAAGAGCUGAAGUUGAAAGUACUCGUCGCUCUUGGGGCUGGGGCUGUAGGGAUGAUUGUUACUAUGCUGUAUGAGAGGUCCGGAGCAUCAAGGCCGCUUUUGUCUCUCGGUAUUCUGAGAGUUUCACCGCUCACAUUUCUAUGUGUAUUAAUACAAAGUCUAUUGAUUGCCGUACAACUUGUAUGUCUUCCCGCCUACCUCGGAGGAGUACAUGAUUCAUCAUCAACCACAACGGGUGCCAUUCUGAUUCCCAUGAUCGUGACUAUGCUCCUAGUCACUGGGGGAAUUGAUAUUGUACCUACAAAACUAUAUCGUUAUCGGUGGCCUCUAUGGUUCGGAUGGGCCCUGAAUAUCGCAUCAUCUGCAAGUCUGACCACUUUCAACACACACACAACGCUCCGAGUGUGUAUCAUUGUCAUGCUAGUAACUGGCUUGGGCCAUGGUAUCACGAUAUCAGCCACUCACACGGCUCUUCGAGAACUAUCCAGACAGAGAUCUAGAUCUCAGCGGGAUGCAUGCUUGAUUGCGAAUUUCGUUCGAACGGCCGGCUUCUGUCUAGCAAUCGCUAGUGCAGACUCGGCUUUUCGUACGCGGUUGCGCAUACACGAUGAGCACUACUCACCCGCGCAAGUAUAUUCCUCGAGUUUCGAGGACUUAAUGCGUGCUCUGACUAUUUUGGCGGGAUUUGGUGGACUCCUGUCUUUGUUCGUUGGGUGGAAGAGGACGAGGGAAGGCGGGCUUCAUGCUUAA